CAUGAUCCCACCUCGCACACCACUAGCCAGCCCGACCGGGACUCUACUCACGGAACUUGCCCAAACUAUCUCUCAUGUGGCAACUAAUGUCACAAAUAUUGUGACUACCAAACUUUUAGCGGUGGAAGACUGCACUACCUGCCGGACACAGUUCGAAUCGUUUCUGGUUUCCCAAGCUCUUCUUGGCAUGGUUGAUGGCUCCAUUCAGGCGAGGAGUCCUCAUCCCUCUAUCAGGCCUUCGGCGCUGCGGUCACUUUAUCCAAGCAGUCCACUGGUCAGCAGGCCGGCCAGCAGCAUUUGGGCUCACAGUACCCGGUCGGGCAGUCUCAGCACCCGGUCGGGCAAUAGAGGCAGCAAGGCUCUUAUCAACGCAGCAGGGGCCGCGGUCGCGGGUGAGGCCGCGGUGGUAGGGGCCGUGGCAGAGGGCAUUACCCAGUCCAGUAUGGUCAGCCGCCAACAAACUCAGGGGCAGCCAGCUUAUAACCCUGGAGGGGGUGGUCCACCUGCAUGGGGUGUG